AUGAGAGCAGUUCGAUUUCACGGAAGGGAGGACAUCAGGAUUGACGAAGUUGAAGAGCCAAUCUGCGGCAAUGGUCAAGUCAAGAUCCGACCUGCAUUUGUGGGCAUAUGUGGAAGUGAUAUACACGAAUACCUGGCUGGCCCUCUGGCAGUCCCUGUCACCCCACACGCAGUCACAGGGGAAAAACUGCCGACCACGCUGGGCCACGAGUUUAGCGGCACAAUCGAGGAGAUUGGAACCGGUGUUACAAGGUUGAAAGUCGGUGAUCGAGUAGCCGUCAAACCUAACCUGUCAGACGGGACAUGUAAGGCAGGAGGCCUGUCGGACCAUGUAGUCGUGGACACGAAACAUGCAAUCCCACUACCAGACUCCAUCCCCCUCGACAUCGGCGCAUUGGUGGAACCUCUCUCUGUAGCAUGGCACGCUGUCAGCCGCAGUCCUCUGCAGGAACAUGAUACGGUGCUCGUAGUCGGAACCGGGCCAAUCGGGCUUGCUAUUAUCCAAGUACUACGAGCCAAGGGUAUCAGCAAUAUCAUUGCAGUUGAGGUCUCCGAGAAACGACGAGAGUUUGCACUUAACCUGGGUGCGACAGAGGUCCUUAAUCCGCUUAAAGUGGAUGCUGUCGCACGGGUGCGUUCUAUUACUGGGGAUGCUGGUGGUGCUGCUAUUGCUUUUGAGUGUUCUGGAGUACAGGCUGGGCUUGAUACUGCCAUGAAGGGUCUCCGGGUACGCGGCACAACGGUUGUUGUCUCGCUGUGGGAGCACAAGCCGGUUAUUGAUGCUUUUGCUAUUGUGCUUGAUGAAAAGCACGUCACAGGGGCUGCUGUUUUCGAUGACGGUGAUUUUGAGGCUGUGAUUGAUGCUAUUGCUUCGGGUAAGAUCCAGCCGCGCUCCAUGAUUACUAGUAAGAUCCCAAUGGAGGACAUCACCGAGAAGGGAUUCAAGGCUCUCAUCGGCGAGAGAGAUAAACAUGUCAAGAUUCUGGUUGAAAUCUCUGCAUGA